UUGACAGCUGAAAUCAAAAUAAACAUCGGCCGACGCCCAAACAAAACAUUAUUUUUGAGAAAUAGGCGUGCCGCACACGCCCGGCUGCAGUGUUCUCUGACUCUAAAUAACUUGCACCUUAUUAAAUAUAUCUGCCGGUCUUUUAAAUAAAUAAGGAACUAACGUUGAAAAUAAUAGUUUGUAAUUCAGUGUUUUCUUCAAAUUAAUCAUAUUUUAUAUAAUAUUUAUCGAAUUACAUAACAAUAAUUACUUUGGACUUUGAUUAUAUCGUGUAACUGGGGCUGCGGAACCGGCGAUGGUGUCUACAAGGGGGGUUCGGUAUAAAUUUAGCGAAGGCGAGCGCGUUUUGUGUUAUGAACCAGAUCCAACUAAAGCUAAAGUGCUGUACGACUCCAAGGUAUUGGAAGUGAUCGAGAGUAAGGAUAAGCGUGGUCGCCGCACCGUAGAGUAUUUGAUACACUUCCAAGGAUGGAACUCUUCGUGGGAUCGCUGCGUCAGUGAAGAUUUUGUUUUGAAAGAUACAGAAGAAAACAGACAGCUACAAAGAGAUCUCGCUGAGAAAUCCCAACUUCAACUGGGUGCAUAUCUGUAUCGACGAGAGCGCAAAAAGGGAGGAAGCUCAAACACCGGGGCGGGCCCCCCAAAGCGCGCCCGGCAUGGCUUCUCCGACGACGGGUCUUCUAGCAGCACACAGCCUGAUGUUUCUCCUCAAUCAGAUAACAUCGAGGAGGGCGUGGAGACUGCCGACACGGACUCGUCGUCUGCAUCCGGAUCCAGCUCGCAGCCGCGCUCGCCGCCGCCCAACGUGCAUGUAGGACGCGCGCAUAUCGCAUUGCCGUCCGCUUUACGCGACCGCCUAACAUUCGACUACCACCUGGUUGUGAAGCGCGGUCGCCUGUCCCGGCUGCCGGCGACGCCGUGCGCGGCUCAGAUACUGGAGUCCUUCGUGAAGUGGUUCGCGCGAGCCGGCGCCUGGCACCCCACGCGGGCGAGGCAUGACCCGCCGCAGAAGCCGGAUAUGCUUGAUGUUUCUUGCAGACUGAACCUCGUCCGCGAGGUGGCGGACGGUCUGCGCGUGUACUUCGACUUCAUCCUGCGCGGACACCUGCUGUACAAGCAGGAGCUGCACCAGUACCACGAGAUCUGCGGACAGUUUAUUGACGAACAAGAAGCGCACAAGAAACUGGAGUUGGAAGGCGAAGAGGAAUAUGAUGAUGACCAGAUGGCUACCGAGGAAGAUGUGCUUACUGCCGCCGAGGAAGACCUAAAGAGCCCCAAGAUACCCGAGUACUCGCAUCUGCCGCCAGAUCCCAUGGACGCUGAAAAGAGCGAAGGUGAAUCAAACAACCACGACGAUAUUCACGCGUCUAAGUGCGAGUUCAACGACAAGCUCGCGAUGAGCGAGUCGACGGCCGACGACAACCACGUCGCCAGCUCCAAGACUCGCGACGGACGACCCGCAACCCGCAGCGGGAAUGUUGCAAGGAGACUUCGCUCUCACAAGUCGGUGGUGUCUCAAUCUGAAAAUGAGGAACCCGCCCCCUCCACUUCAACUGGCGAGCCGAGGGCUUUCGAAACUAUGUCUUCAAGCGUGGGCAGCAGCGGUUCGUCUCUGAGCGAGUGCUGGGCGCGUCCGGCGGCCGCCGCGCCCGCGCCCUCCUCCACGCGCACGCCGCUCUCACUGCUGCUCGAUAAGGUGGCGAAAUGGCAAAUUAUUCCGCGCGAUGGGACAGAGCACUUGCCAUGCCGUGUCUAUGGUGCCAUCCAUCUUGCCAGACUCUUUGUGAAAUUGCCAGACUUCUUGAACGCGACUCAAAUGCCAGACUUCAAAUUGAAACUGAUACUCAAGCAUAUUGAUAUGUUUGUGCAGUACUUGGACGAGCACAGCGAAUGGUUCGGCGAAGUAUACUAUGUGGCAGACAGCAUGUCUCGCUCACACUAAACGAUACUCAACUAACAACACUUGCUCUCUAUCGAGACAAUUACAUUCCAAAUGAUUCAAACUUAACUGAUUCGAGUCGAAAUUUAUUCCAAAGAAAAACAUCAAUAUUCGCCACCGUCCAAAUUUUUUCUAACCAUCACAAAAAUGUCUGCGGAUAUUUAGAAUAGGCUAAAAUAUUAUCAAGGAAACAAACACGCUUUCUUCUAGAAUCUCUUUACAUUUUUCUUGAUAAUAUCUUAGCUAAUAAUAUCAGCUAGUAAUUGAGAUUACUAGAAAAAAAAAACAAUAUCGUAAACGAGUGACUUAUUGUAAAGCCUUCAUUAGGAAAACGUAACGUUGAAAUAAUUUCAAAGUUCUCAUGUUAAUGCGCCUUAACUUUGACACCACUUUCGUAUUUAUAUAUCAUGGUUGCUUUUGUUAUCUUAAGGUACAAUAGCCUACUAAAUUAGGUAAAUUGCAAUGGUUUAAUGUUUUAUGAGGUUCUUAGGACCACAGAAUCUACUAAAUCGGAUCGGAGCCGAGAAGUUUUUAAAACGAUAGAAUUUUCUUAUUCAAAUACCUCGUCUUCGCCACGUCCCUGAGCCUAGCAAUUAUAUUGGUUGUUUAAAAACUUCACCACUCCGCUUCGGUGGACGCUUGAGUUUAUACUUGGUGCGUAUAAGUAUAAGCAAUACGAUUGGUCUUGCUUUUGUACACUUUAUUCUACAAUGUUUGUCAAUAAGCAGCCAACUGAAAGCGCUUAUUUCUAUAGGCACGUCAUAGAAAGUGGUGUCAGCGUGGAGAAUAAGUAGGGUACUAUUUUCUUGUAGGAAACGUUUGUCAGUAUUACGUAGUGGUUGUAAUCGGGACCUUGUUGGUUAUUAGCACUGGCCUAUCAAUGCACAAUAGGGAACCUGGUAUGAUUAUUAUUAUGAGUAUAUAGCAGUUACGCUAGCCUAAAUUCGUCUUUUUAAUAUAUAAUACUGUAUCUAUUUAGCGAGAGACUGGUCUGUCUACAUUUGUGUAGCUAUAUAUUAUUUAUCCAUAUCUUUCGCAAUGUGUGAUAUCAAUGAACAACUGCGUGAAAUAUUUAGUGUCAAGUUAUCAUAGUUUCUGUAUUGUAGUGUUUCAGCUUUUUACAAAUAGUUCAGUUGAUUACAAUUUUAUUCACCUUUUACAGAAUGCUUAUUGCUUGAAGUAUAAACAUAAAAAAUCUAUCGCAAUUUGCACAUCAUUUUAAACUAUUCUAUCAAUAUAAUACUGUAGUGAUUUACGACACUAUAUCAUAGCCGUCUCUGGUACUGAUCAAUAAAUUCACAUUAUAAUGUAGAUUAUUCAUUAUAUGAUUAUUAUUAUAAUAAGUACAGUGUAGUGAAAAUUUAAAAAAUGCCGACGCUGAUUCAUAUAAUUACAUUACACAGGAUCUGUUUUUUUCUUUCGUUUUAGAUAACGAUGAGAUGGAAUAAUAUGCACCAAGUUAACGUAAGCCUGUAUUGUUCACGUCAAAUAACUUUGUCCCUCAAUAAUAUGCUACAAAACUUUCGAGCUUUUGAAACACUUACUGUUCUUGGUCUUCAAAGGGCAACAAAAGGUCUAAGUAAGCAGCACUGAUAUUACCGGAAGGCUCGAUGGGUGGGUAUAUACGUGCAAGUGACCGCACAACUAAAAAAUUAGGAACAGAACAUUAAUAAGCACAUGUGCGAGACAUCAAACGAUUGAUUUCAGCGGGACAAAAUUAUUUGACGUGAAUUGAAAUUUUACACCAAAUGUAGAUGUUUGGCUGACCUUUAUAAUCAAUCCUAUCUAUAGUGAGAAAACUGCAAUAGUAAUAGCAUUUUAUUUUAGUGGACAACUUACAAAAUAAAUAAAAUAUGAUUUCAAAA